UGACAAACUUCACACAGUUCCCUGCUAAGAUAUCUUAGAUCAUGUCAUACAUGCUCAACUGCCAUUUUACAUGAUGGGUGAAAUUCAGUUGUAAACCAGUAUGGAGAAAAGACAGCGUGAGGAGACAUUAGAGGGCUCCAGAUCACACCAGUCAACAUUAACAGGAACCCUGGCACUGAAGAACUUCACCAUACCCAGGAAGAAACGGACCUCUGGAGAAGUCCUUUUGGAAUGUUGUUCAGAGGAAAGCCGCGACUACAAUCUUAUUCAGACAAAACUGAGAGAUGCCAAGCUGGACUCUAGAAAGGACCGAGGAAAUGCAUGGGUCUGGAAAGAUGUUUGUUUAGUGCACAAUGAGGAGCUUCUUAAAAUGUUCUCCGAAAAAAGGGCAGAGAUGCGUGCUAAAGGAAGACAUGGGAGAGAAAUGGAAGAAAGAUUUUGUUUUUUAGUUGCAUCGGACCAAAUGGUGGCCCAGAUUUAUCAGCACGGUCUACGGGUUGGCAGCACUGUCCAGUAUGCCUAUGGAAAGCCAUCACAUGGAGUAUAUCUCUUUAGGCAUGUCGAUGUGGCUCUGAAAUCCAAUACCAACAUAUUAAGUGCAAAAAAAAUAGUAAUUUUCAAGGUUCUUUAUGGAAAGGUGAAAACAAUCGCCCCAAGCCUGGACUGGAACAAAACACAAGAUCCCACUGUGGGCUUUGACUGUCACAUGUGUAAAGAAGCAGUAUCCCAUCGAGACACUCUUCACCAGCAAGUUCUGGGGUCCUCUGUUUUUCUGUUUGACUUUAACGAGAAGCAGGAGCUUACUGAAAGACCCAGGCAGUGUUUGCCGUAUGCUGUAGUUUCAUUUGUUCCUGCCAGCAGUGCCAUUCUGACUGUGCCUACAAACCUACCACUCUCAGCUUCAGCGCUACCUAUUGGCCAAGUGCAUGACCAUUUUAAGGCAUGUACUGUGGCAAAGAGAAGAGGAAAAGGAGACACUGCCACCAUUACAUUCAAACAUUUUGGCACGCCGGGCUGCUGUGAGACAGAUUAUACACCUCAGAAUCCAGAAGUAGAAGCUCCACUUAAAAAGAGCGAUAUGCAAAACACUCAGUCAUUCAACCCAAAACAGCACCGGAUUGCUGCCAGUGAGGACUCCGAAUAUUCCAGCAGUUCAGGGCCAGUUAUGGAUCACACUGCUGUCUCCCAAAGCUUGCUGGGAAAGAAAGCAUUCCUGAGUAAUCACAAAAAAAAUACUGCAAGCACACAUGGAGGAAAUGACAAUACAUGGGACACAGUACCUCAAAGUCCGUUGGACAAAAUUUCUACCAUAGUGUAUUCUUCACGCUUGGUUAGGGAUCCUCGUCUAUCUAGACAAGAAGCAAAUCAACAGACCAACUGUUCAGAUACCAUGGUAGCAUACAUUGGAUCAGGAUGUGAUAAUAGAAAAUGCCAACCAGCUGAUAAAAACCAAGAAGACAAUUGUGGAUUUGCUGGAAAUACUUGUGAUUCAAAAGAGCCAUCAAACACAGACAAGAAGGACACUCAAAGGGAAUCCUCAAAGAUUGAUCAAUGUGCGCAUACCACAACGUUGCCCUCAAUGAAGUUAUUCAAAAUGAAAUUCCAAAAAUAUGCUGCCUACUUUAGAAUGAGUCAGGAAGAGAGGCAUCACAAAAUUUGGUCACAAGGAAACAUGUCACCAGAACAAAAGCAAGAAUUAACUGACCGUAUACAUUUUUAUGAAGUAUAUUAUCAGAAGUAUAAAGAGGGAUUGAUCUUUCAAUAUGUCAGUGAGACAAAGAAGACCUCCAGGCUGUCUCAAAGAGAGCCCAAAGAAAAUCACAUUCUACAGACAAAAGACUAUACAUACAAGCACAAUCAGUCCUAUGUGUGCAAACCAAAAAGUCAUGAUGCUGCAAGUUUGUCAGAUAACAAUGAUUUUGUUAACACGGAUAAAUGUAGCACAACACACAUUCAUAAAACCAGUCAUCCAUAUCAUCAAGAAUCGAGUGCAGUAAUGUUGACAGAAAAGGGACAGGGUCAAGCACCAGAGACUCACCAGGACCAUCCCAAUAGAUGUCUGAUUCAGUCUCCAGAUAAACUUUCAGAGCAAUCCUUUGUGCUGAGAUCACUGAAUCUCAACCUCACAGAUGAGAAAACUGAUGCACAAAAUGUACAGCUUGAUCUCAAACACCCAAAUCCUUUAACUUGUCCCUCUAAUGAAGCUAAGCUUAAUCACAGCUUAGAAUGUGAAAGUGAGCUCGCAGUACAGGACUUGCAAGAGAAUGAAUCUAUUCCACGUGUUAACUUGGUUGAAAAGCCCAGCACUGAAGCAUACCUUACUUAUACAAACAAUUUCGCAUAUAUAUCGUCUAUAGAUAUCGCAAGCUGUGUUGUAGUCUCUAGUUGUGGGACAUCAGACAACUGUGAUCUCAGUCUUCCCAUGGCAGUAAAGCAAAAGCAGAAUGGGAAAAUUUGCUGUGAAGACUCUGAAAGAUCUCCAGAGCUCGAUAUGGAAACAGUAAAGCAGGACAACAGUACUCACUGGGAAUUGUACAAAAGAAUUCAACUUGAUCAACUUUUGCCAAGCAUGCUUCCAAAGCAUGUUUUCUCCUCAAGUACAAACAGAGAUAUGGGCAGACCUGCAGACAACAUUUCCAAGCUAAAAAAUGAAAGCAAAGAUCACAGCAAAGCUGAAACGAACCUAAACAUGAGAUUCUGGGAAGAUAUCCAUCUCAAAGUUACUCUAAAAGCCAGCAAAACCUCUGCUCAUACUACAGAAGUGCUUUCUCUCUCUGAGCGAUUUUCAAAAAUGAAAGGCCUUCAAAAGAAAUUGAGUGAAAGAAACAAUGAAAUGAUUCAAAGCCCAAGGAUCCAAAUGUGCAGUAGCAAAGGAUACAAAGAAACUGCAACUUGUAAUGUUGAACUAAUACAACUACUAGCUCAGAGGUACAGUAAAUCUAAAAUGCAUGUGAAAUGGAAGAGCUUGAGCAGACCAGGCAGUAAGAAGACAUGUCUCAAAAAACAGCAUGUUGUUCUAUCACUAGGUCACUCUCUAAAGAGGAGCAUAUAUGUCAAAAAGACACGCUUUUGGAAAGCAAAGAGGAAUCUUAGCAGAACAGCUGUGUCAGCUGAGAGCCCCCAUGAAACAGUAAACAGCAAAGCAACAUCAGACCCUUCAAACAGUCCAUCUGAAAUAGUCCUUACAGAACACGAAGAUCAAGACCCAGACUCUCACACAUCUGAUGACAGACAAUCAUCACAUGUUCAGGGUUCUCAGGAGGCUAAUGCCACUCUUCCUGAGACCAAACCAAUAGAGGAGCCAAUAAAUCCUACAGAACCACUUACAGAAGAUAUCUAUAAAAGGGAUUCAGUCUACACUGAGAAGGCAACAGAAGAUUUUACUCCAAAUCUAAUCCCAGUAAUGGUGGAUAAAGGAGAACAAGUGAAGACAGCUGAAAACAUCUCCAAUCAAAGCCAAACAUCCUUGAUCACAUGCACUAGCAAAGAACAUGGGAGUAACACAGAGUGCAAAGAGGAGAACAUAUUGCUGAAUUUGACAUCAGAGACUGGACUGAAUCCAUUAAGCAAGGAGCAUUUCACAAUGAAAAUCACAGUAGAUGACAAUGUAGAUGCUUUGAGUAUACAUGAUUAUGAGGCAUCAGAAACACACAGUGAUGUGCCUGCAAGCAACACAAUCAACAGUCAUAAAACUGAACUCCAUACAAACAUGACUCCAGAAGCCAGGAGGUACAGUAAAUCUAAAAUGCAUGUGAAAUGGAAGAGCUUGAGCAGACCAGGCAGUAAGAAGACAUGUCUCAAAAAACAGCAUGUUGUUCUAUCACUAGGUCACUCUCUAAAGAGGAGCAUAUAUGUCAAAAAGACACGCUUUUGGAAAGCAAAGAGGAAUCUUAGCAGAACAGCUGUGUCAGCUGAGAGCCCCCAUGAAACAGUAAACAGCAAAGCAACAUCAGACCCUUCAAACAGUCCAUCUGAAAUAGUCCUUACAGAACACGAAGAUCAAGACCCAGACUCUCACACAUCUGAUGACAGACAAUCAUCACAUGUUCAGGGUUCUCAGGAGGCUAAUGCCACUCUUCCUGAGACCAAACCAAUAGAGGAGCCAAUAAAUCCUACAGAACCACUUACAGAAGAUAUCUAUAAAAGGGAUUCAGUCUACACUGAGAAGGCAACAGAAGAUUUUACUCCAAAUCUAAUCCCAGUAAUGGUGGAUAAAGGAGAACAAGUGAAGACAGCUGAAAACAUCUCCAAUCAAAGCCAAACAUCCUUGAUCACAUGCACUAGCAAAGAACAUGGGAGUAACACAGAGUGCAAAGAGGAGAACAUAUUGCUGAAUUUGACAUCAGAGACUGGACUGAAUCCAUUAAGCAAGGAGCAUUUCACAAUGAAAAUCACAGUAGAUGACAAUGUAGAUGCUUUGAGUAUACAUGAUUAUGAGGCAUCAGAAACACACAGUGAUGUGCCUGCAAGCAACACAAUCAACAGUCAUAAAACUGAACUCCAUACAAACAUGACUCCAGAAGCCAGGGUGAUGGAUACUAUCAAUGCUACGGCUGAGACAGACGCUAUAAAAUAUAGUGAGCAAAAUGCAAGUAGGAAAAAUACUCUAAAUGUACAGUGUUUUGAAGGAACAGAAAACAUGUCAGCAAAUAUCCCACAUAUGAACCAAUCAUGUCUCAAAAUGUUUACCAGCACAUCUAAUGUCAGAAGUGUUUGGAAUACUGAUUCUGAGGCAUUUGAAGACACAACAUCAGAUUCAAAGCAGUGUGGUCCAAAGGCUUUGAAGUAUGCAUCAAAUAAUGCUGUAGAUCUUACUGUUGAUGAUCCAGCUUUGAGCGUCCAAUGUAAGAUUUCUUCAGAACACACAAAGAAGAGCAACAACACUAGUUUGCUUGGUUCUACCAAAUCACCAAGUACUCUGGCAAUCAGAGACAACUGUAAUUUAUCAAAGCCAGAACAAAACAAAAUUAAUGAGGCAAACUCACCAGAAACCCAGCUCAUUUCUAAACUAAGAGAUUAUUUGUCCAAAUUUGAGUCCACUGUCAAGAAACAAGAAGCAGUGAAUGAAGAGCUUAAAGAAAGACCAGUGGUGUGGAUAACACUUGACAGCACAGCACAUAAACAGCAGUUGUUUGAAAAAAGCCAGUAUUGUAUGGUAAAUGUUCCCUGCCUGAUGCCUCAUGGGAGUGAAGCUGUUAAAAAAGACAACUCAAGUGAAUACUCUGUGAAAAACUCUGUUCAAACUAGGAAGGUUCUUCGAAGUGAACACGCUCAAAAUGGAACUGAUGUUUGCCUACUAGUGCCUGUUGAAUCUAGGAGAGGCCGACGAUCUUCUCAAACCAAACAAACCAGCAAGCAAAGAUCAAGGAGGAGCUCAGUCACUAGUGUCAGUCCUGACAGUACUAGUGCUAUAGACACCGUCAAAGAUAACAGUCCUCACCCUUUUCCCCAGGUGAACGACCGGAAUGCUGUUUUUCCAAAAAUCUCCAUCAAUAACACCCUUAAUGCCCAGUUACAGAUGCAAAGAAUAAACACAACAGGCCAACAAAAUCCCUCAAUGAGUUUGAAUACUUUAUGUAAGCAAAAGAGUCAAAAGAAACAAUCUUUGAAAACCAUAAAAAUCAUUGAUGAUGGCAAUGUGAGCAGUACAUUCGCUGACAAUAAAUACAGCAUCAGUGACAUUUCAAAUACUCUUAAAAUGGCAGAUCAAACAACCUCAUUAACCGAACUUGGAUCUUUGCAGUCUAAAUGCAAAAGCAUGUUGCAGCAUUUUAUCUCAGGUUUUGAACAAGACCAGAAAGUGCCAUUCAACCAAUAUUUCGUUUCAAGGUGUCUCAUCUUAGAGCAAUAUUUGGACCAUCCACCUGCACAAGUAGACCUGAAAUAUGAAGCGGUGAAUUCUUACUUGGAGUUGCAGAUGAUGAUGGAAGCUUGGCAGUUUGUAGAAAACAAAAUUAACUUUCUGAGCGGUAAACCCACGUUUAGGAGUUUGCUAUGGUAUGACCCUUCUCUUUAUGGAGAACUCUACAAAGGGGAGGUUGGCUUUCAGCAGCAGUCGUCGUUGUUAGCUUCUUUUCAAAAGAUCUUAGCACAAGAGGGCUACAGUAAACUGCAGGAAUACUACAGUGCAGUGUCCUCCUUGCACCAACAGCUCCAUGCGGCCCCUGAUGCAUCUUACUACAUGUAUCUGAAGAGUAAGCGUGAGCUCCUUGAGGCUGAGGCUGCACUAAAAAAUCCCCACAACAUUAAAAGCUUCUUUUUAUCUGUACCAAUGUCUGCAAUGAUCAAUUUGGGAGACAGUUUGGAAAGAUUGGAAAAGAUACACAAAGUGAUAAUGACUUUUGUGGAAACACCUUCGGAUCAGUUGCCAGGGACAUUUGAUGUGGGCAAAGCAGAGCAUCUGUCCAUCACAUGCAGAUAUCUCCAAGAAAAAGCUCUUUUCAUGAAAUCAUGCAAAGAAAUAAUUAGCAAAGUAUCAUGGUUUGGAAUCGAGCACCUUCUUUAUGAUGCCUCUAAGGUUCUUGUAUGGCAAGACAUGAGUCAUUGUGCACCAAGUGAGGUUCUCAAGACACAUAAGAAUUCAAACCCGCAGAUUACUUUUGGGGUGACAGAGUCAGGUGUUACUCUCGUAAACAAAGUGGAACAGCCCCCUCUGUCUAUGGAUGGAGCAGAGACCCCAACAAAACAACAGAGUGAUGCUGCUCGGAAACGCAAAGGUUUGCAGUUAUGGACGUCCUCUCAACCCAGUGUUGCGCAGAGCGUAAAGGCUGGCAAGGAUGUGGCUUAUAAAAUGGCUAAAAGGAGGGCAUCUCUUUCACCCCGAACACAAUGUAAUGCUGUGAACGCCCUUUUCCAAACAACUUCUGCAACCCAUGUUGAGAACCCGACCCCUUACUACACUCUUCCUCACAGAGUGGAUCCAGAGCAUUGGGGAAUGGUUGGAAGCACUGCUGCAGACUGGAACGCCUCUGACUUAGUCCCACCUUCACCUUCGACGUCUCAUGCACACUCUGAAAGAAAUUAUCUUCAUCUGUCUAAUAUACGAGCGACUUUAUCACAUUCUGAUGAGAGGAGAUCUAUAGCAGACAUACAAAGACCUCAACAGCCUUCAGUCUCGGCUCCCCAAGCAACUUUACGAGAAGAUUCUUGUGUUACACGUCAAGCAUUUGACAGUGUUAAAUAUCAACAAACUAACACUGCGCCACAUUGUCCUGUGCUCUCACAAGAACAGUUAAACCAGUUCAGUUUAGCCAUGACACAACCUUAUAGUUUGCCAAAUUGCCAUUUGAAUGCAAAUUUGAUACCUCCUCCUCUCUCAGUUCAGGCUUUGACACAUGUCCCUAUGCCCAGCACGAUUACAGCAAUUCAUUACCCAUACUUCCUUCUGAAUGGACAAACAUACACCACAGGCUCCACUGCAGCCAUUCACCCUGAUACUAGAUAUUAUCCUAACACCAUUUAGGGCUAAUGUACUACGAGCUUCGAUUGAAUCAGAGAUAUGUAUUUUUGUAAGUCGGUUAUAUUUACAGGUAAAUUACAUCAAAUAACUUGUUCAGGGGUGGCC